AAACAACGUUGCCUCGUGUGAUCCGCUGAUUUCUGUUGAAUGCUCAUUAGCCUCCAUCGGGCUGCUUUUGUGCAGCCUGUUUUCUGCAGCAGGCCUCCUGUGGAAGUAUCACAAUGUCCGAAGCCUUCUAAUAAUACGCACGCUAACCGAGUUUUCAACCGAAAUGGUCCAUUUUUAUUUUAGCAUAGCUUUGUUUUGGUUGGCGGGCCGUACUUGUGCACGUAAACCGUAUUACCCAUGCCCCACCUUGAAUGAAAGCUGGAGGUAAACGGGUCGCCAAGAAAAACAUGGAAGAGAGUGGCGCCCAUGUGACUCCAGAGAAGGAGACCAAGCGGCCGGAUAAAAUAAGGUCCGUCGCCACCUCCAGCAGGAUGCAACAAGUUGGAAUUCUGCUGUCCGGAACGCUCGACAAGCUGAGCCACGACUUCCCCGAGACGCCAGUCAGCGUUUGGCACAGCAAGUUGCGCCCUGCGGUGGAGAAGACCCACUCCCCCCGGACCUUCUCCAUCCAGCAGCCGCGGAAGUUGUGUUGAACACAUGUUGCAGAAUCCCCCAAAGAGGGAGCAGUGUUGAGUCAACUGUGAAAGACGAAACAUGAAGUGUGUUAGGCUCACGAGGGGACUGGCGGGUUGUGACAAUGUUUAUGGCUUUCAUCGAGCUCUGUUUACUUUCUAGCUGCGCUUCUUUGUGAGAAUACUAUAUAACCAGCAUUGAAUGUGUACUUUUCCUGGUAUUGUAGGAGAAAUGGUGUAGUUAUUUUUCCCAGGUGGUGUUUUGGUAUGUUUAAUGUAAAGGGAGGGGCCUUUAUUAUGUGAUGUUUCUGCGCCCCCCCCCCUCCCCCCAGUGACUUCUUCACUAUGCAUUGCUUGGCUCUUAUUAGAUUUGAUUUAAAAAAAAAAAAAAAAAAAAGCUGAAUAAAUAGUUGCCUCACUGUUUGUGAACAUGGAU